AAGAUUAGUGGCUCUGAGAUGAAACUGGCGGUUUCCUGGAGCCAUGUACUUGAAGACAGUGCUGCAGACGCUGUCGAACAAGAAGCAGCUGGAAGCGGAAGAUCUUUACAAGCUGAACGAGGCCACUUUCAACGUGCCAGAGGAGGAGAGCAUUGAUGACAAGAUGGCAGCAAAGCUUUUCGCCGCUGUGGAGAAAGUGGUGGCAUCAUACACAGCUGGCAGGUACGACAAGGAGGAUUCCAACUUCUUCUAUGACUACGUCGCACUGCUUGGCAUGAUGCAGAAUCAGCACUUCUUCUCAGGAAAGCAACAUCAGAUGAUGCUGUCUUGGCUGAAGGACGCGCUGGGGGAAAAGCCCAAGGGCAGCUCCAAGGCCAUGACGCGGCUGGAGGAGGAGAACCGAAAGCUGCAAGAGGAAAUGAAGAAGCUGAAGGAUCUGACCAAUGCGGUGCAAACCCUGCGCAACAUUCGGCUACCAGAGGCAAAGGCAAGAAGUCUGGCGGAAAGGGAGAAGGUAAGAAGGAGAAAAAGCCUGCUGCGCGCUCAAGGAGUUGCAUGGUUCCUGUACAAGCUCAGUCUUGGCAUAUUCGAUUGGUCAAGCUUUGCCUUUUGCCGUCUGAAUAUGAAUGAUCGCGACCGCAGCUCGCUCAUCAUCCUUACCUCAGCCCGUCCCCUGGCCUUGUGUGUGGAAACCUUGAGGACAUGUACUAUAGAUUCACGACGUCUUUGAGGGCAGGACUUCCUUGCCUAUGCUCGUGUUCUUAACUAUGCAAUUGGCCAAGCUCGAUGUUUCGGAGCACCCUUGCAUACCCUUGCAUGAUCUACUUUAAACACGUGGCUUUGCACUCCGUCACUCCAAUCGCCGACGACUGAUUCAGAUUUCGCAUGCGCAGCAAACCCAGCCCAUUGGCGACCCUGGCAUACAGGAGGCCCCUGUGUGCCAGGCAAACAAUUUGUUGGGUUUGUUUUUGUCUCCGAAGGUUCAAGCAAGCCACCCAGCACGUGACCAUCAGGCCGAGCCCGAAGCUCCAGACGACCCGGUGCGACGAGAAUUGAAGGCGCAGGUGAAUGCAGCGGGCCGUGUUCUCGCGAAGAAGAAGCGCGAGGUCAUUGACAAAUAUGGAAUUGAGGCAAGCAACGCCAUGGACCACCCGGAGGUGGAGCCAUUGCUUGUGCGCCUGAAGGACAGCUGAAGGAGAAGUACAAUGCCUUGAAGAAGGAGCAGGAGCCGGAGGGCCAGUGAGGGCCAAGGCCGGAGCUCUUGCAUCCAUGUCUUGCCCAGGGGGUGAUGCU